GCGGCGGGACGUCAGCCGGGCGGCGGUGUGACGUGGGCGGGCCGCGAGGAGCGGUGACAGCUGCAGCCGGCCGCCCCCGCCUCUUUGCCUGGCCUCGGGCGGGGAAGCAGCAGCAGCAGCAGCGGCGGCGGCGGCCGGCAGAUCUAUAACCGUAUACCUGAAGUCAACAAUGUUUUCCAAGCUAGCCCAGUCUCAGACCAUUGCUCUUCUCUGUCGGGGCGUUCAUGCUUCAGUGAGUUCUGCUGCCUCAGUUGCUACUAAAAAAACCAUCCAAGGACCUCCAUCCUCUGAAUACAUUUUUGAACGUGAGGCUAAAUAUGGUGCCCACAACUAUCACCCACUACCUGUUGCUCUGGAAAAAGGAAAAGGUGUUUAUGUGUGGGAUGUUGAAGGCAGAAAAUAUUUUGACUUUCUGAGUGCUUACAGUGCUGUUAAUCAAGGCCACUGUCAUCCAAGGAUUGUGAAUGCUCUGAAAGCUCAGUCUGAAAAACUGACCCUUACAUCUAGAGCAUUCUACAAUGACGUACUUGGUGAAUAUGAGGAGUUUAUCACCAAAAUGUUCAAUUACAACAAAGUUCUUCCAAUGAACACAGGAGUGGAAGCUGGAGAAACUGCCUGUAAACUGGCUCGGAAGUGGGCAUACACUGUGAAAGGAAUUCCAAAAUACAAAGCAAAAAUUAUUUUUGCAGCUGGCAACUUCUGGGGUAGAACAAUGUCUGCUAUCUCUAGUUCUACUGACCCAUCCAGUUAUGAUGGCUUUGGACCCUUUAUGCCAGGUUUCGAAGUGAUCCCAUACAAUGACCUACCAGCUCUUGAGCGGGCACUUCAAGAUCCCAAUGUAGCAGCUUUCAUGGUUGAACCAAUUCAAGGUGAAGCAGGUGUGGUUGUUCCUGACAAAGGGUACCUCACGGGAGUGCGGGACCUCUGCACAAAACACAAUGUUCUGUUUAUUGCUGAUGAAAUACAGACUGGUUUAGCCAGAACGGGGAAAAUGCUAGCUGUUGACCAUGAAAAUGUGAGACCCGAUAUAAUUCUUCUUGGAAAGGCCCUUUCUGGUGGCUUAUAUCCUGUCUCAGCAGUACUAUGUGAUGAUGAAGUUAUGUUGACCAUUAAGCCUGGUGAACAUGGAUCUACAUAUGGAGGAAAUCCGUUAGCUUGCCGUGUGGCCAUGACAGCACUGGAGGUAAUUGAAGAAGAAGACUUGGUUAAAAAUGCAGAAGUAAUGGGUAACAUAUUGAGAAAUGAGCUCAUGAAGGCACCAUCUGAUAUCGUAACUUGUGUAAGAGGGAGAGGACUAUUAAAUGCAAUUGUGAUUCGGGAAACCAAAGACUGUGAUGCCUGGAAAGUGUGUUUGCGACUUCGUGAUAACGGACUUCUUGCCAAACCUACCCAUGGUGAUAUCAUUCGACUGGCACCGCCGCUUGUGAUUAAGGAGGAUGAAAUCAGAGAGUGCACUGAAAUAAUUCAUAAGACCCUUCUGUCAUUCUGAAUACAUGUUUCUUCCAGUGUAUCUGCUGACUGACCCAAGGUGGUGUGUUGAAAUACAUGCUAUGGAGGCCUGCCCUUGAAGCAAGCAUCUUUCAUUCCUUUUACCUAAGAGGACCUAACUCUUUAAAAUUUAGCUAUGUCUUUAAAUUAAAUUGGAUCUGAAGAAAAUAAAUCAUGAUUCUAAAGAGCUUCCAAUCUUGAAA